UCAAAUUAUGGUAGAAUUUAGAAAAACCAUCGAUGUUCAUGACUUAUUUGGUAAAGUAAAAGCUGAAAUCUAUUUAAUAUCUUCCCGUUAGCUCUGAACAAUGCAACAGUAUUAGCGGCAUGGCUCAGAAUUUGCAAAAGAAGCCCUCCAAGGGCAUACUGAAGACGUCACGCAGCGUGGACGUGCAGAGCAGCGAUGGGGCUCCGUCGACGAGCAAGCGGGCGAAGGAGCAGCGAUUCGACGAGAUUAACAUAAUGGAGACGUUCCACCCGGCGAAUAAGGAUUACGGGCACAUGAAAGUGGACGAGCCGAAGACGCCAUUUUCAGAAUCCGUUGACGGAGAUAUUGAGCCGGCAGAUGAGCUGGACGCAAACAUUUUGGCGGCUAAGCUGGCGGCUAGUAUGAACAAGCCACCUAAGUGUGUGGAGACCGACAGUGAUGAUGACAUGGACGAAUCGGACGAGGCGCGGGAGCGCCGUCUCGAGUUUGAGAAGAAGAGGAAAAUGCAUUACAAUGAGUUUCAGGCAUUACAACUCGCUAGAAAGCUGCUAGCCCAGGAAGAAGAGGAAGACGAAGAGAAACAGACCACCUGACUGGCGUGCAGACAUCCCCAUCGCCUCCAAGGCUGCAUGUAAAGGCUUGUAGAGACCACACUUACCAGACCAUUUAAAGACCUUUUGUGUCACGCUGCAAGUAUUAUUAUUAUCAGUAUCUUGGCCUGUGUUCUGCCAUUAUGGCUUUUACAUUAUAACAUUCAAAAGCCAAAUCAUCACAAAUAGUCAUCAUGGUAAUUGAAACAAAAAUAUUACUUUGCUUAUCCGCGAAACAAUAACGUGCUAGUCAAUUAAUUAAUGCUAACUCUAAUGGAGUUGUUCCAUACAGUAACGUCUGAAAAUAUCUAUAUAUACAAAGUACCAAAAAUAUGUAUACACAAUCUUGUUGCCCAUAUAUUAACGUAGUGUAUACAUAUUUUUAACUAUUUGUCCGUAUCGAUAAUUUUAGACGUGACUGUACAAACGCGAAUUUUCUGAACAUUUGCAAGUACAACUAGUACAAGAGUUUCCUUAUCUGUCGCCUGCUUUAAACUUAGUCCGUAUGAGAUUAGUCUUAGCCCGUAGAAUGCCCCUAUUGCCGAUCAUUUUCGUUGCCGGAAGCCGUCAACAUAUCCAGCAUCUGUUGAUGCCUCGUAGAGAGGCGAAACUCGUGUCGAGUUUUGUACUUUUGUUGGUCCUUUGUUAUAUUUGCCGUGCCGCGCUCGGGCGAGGAAAACGCGCGCGCCGCCUCGACCGAGGCACGUAUACACUGGCCGUAUUGUGCGUGAGGAAAUUGCCUCGCGCGUAUGCUCGCUCUUUGUGGACCUGGCUAAUUACGUAUUUAUUUUUUGCGGUGGGAAGGGAACAUUAAAUGUAUGCAAAAAAAUACGCAAGUAAAUACUUACUUGCGUAUUUUCAACCCGCGCUAGUUGACUAGGAUGUUAUUAUUUCGCGAAUUAGCAACGUCAUUUUUUCUUUUUUUGAUUAAUAUGGAUUUCCGCAAAGUAAUGCCUGAUUCUAUUAAUUAUUUAGUCAUCACGGUGUUAAGCUUCAGGUUCAUAAGUGCUAUGGAACCUGUGAUUAAUUCUUUCAUCAGUCAAUCUUGCUAAUUUAGAAUGCUUUAAUGACAUUGAACAGUCUUAAGAUUAAACUUUAAAAUGUGUGUAAUUGAUAUGAAAGACAAUAAUAAUAAAAUAUAUCAUGCUAAACAAUGAAAUUUACAGUACAUAUGGUACUACUUUACCGCACUAGUGCGAUAAUUAGCAUAUUACGUAACUAUGUCGAAAAUUUAAAGAGUCAUAUGUACUGUAAAACGUCGUACGAUACAUGUGCGAAUAGGUAAUUCGCAACUCGUAUCGAUUUUAAAACACUCCCUUCGGUCGUGUUUUAAUUUAUCACCACUCGUUUUCGAAUCUAUUAUUCGCACUUGUAUCGUAAUGUACUAUUAUAUUUGUAGAUUGUUUCAAUGUUAAAGUAAGAAUGCUAUGUGCGUCCGAGUUAGGUGGGUCAUUGUAACAAACAAUCUACAUUUAAACAAUUCUUAGCAUCCUUACUUUACACACAUAAUCACCAUCAAAAAUAUCUGAACUUACUAAGCCUAAAGGGGUCCACUGAUUACCAGUUCGCCGGACGAUAUCGGCCUGUCAGUUUUUCCCAAAAGCUGACAAUCGUGAAUAACUGACAGGCCGAUAUCGUCCGGCGGACUGGUAAUCUGUGGGCCCGUAUGGGAAGCCCUGGUGGUGACUGUGUAUUCAAAAUUACCAGGGUUGACUGUAAGUAGAACAGACACAUUACUUAAAAAGACUACAAAAUUAGGAUCAUCAAUGUACAGUCAACCAAUUUGAAUCCUAGGCCACUAUAGAACCUUGUCGCUUUAACUACUCUAUACAUGACAUGCAUCACUCAAUAAGCACUGUUGUAGAAGUCAUUAUGACACGGUUCUAUAGUGGCCUAGGAAUCAAA